UUUACCCUCUUCUAUCUAAGUGCACAUGCUGACGCGGGAGCAUGAGUCCAUCCUCCAACAUUUGGCGCCAAAGUAACAAGUGGUGAUCCAGAUUAGGGUUUUGCGAAGCUCAAAAUUUCUUCUUGAGGUUUUAUGGCAGCAGUGGCGCCUUCUUCUUCACGUUCCGCGAAGCGUAAACGUAAUAGCCAGAACCAGCAUGACGACGAAGAACCGAAUCUCGAGAUAACAAGAACGACGGCGGCGACGAUUUGCAACUCGGAAACCGUUUCCGAGGCGGAGAAGAAUGAGAAGUCACCGCUGGUGGUCUUUGCUCACGGUGCCGGUGCCCCGUCCUCUUCGGAUUGGAUGAUCAGAUGGACGGACAUGUUGGCCAAGGGGCUGCAAGCUGUUGAAGUUGUUACUUUUGACUAUCCAUAUAUCGCUGGUGGAAAACGAGCGGCUCCUCCCAAGGCAGAAAAAUUGGUUGGCUGUCAUGUGGAGGUUGUCAAAAAGGCUGUUGCCAAGUACCCUGGGCAUCCACUAAUUUUGGUUGGAAAAUCCAUGGGUUCAAGGGUCAGCUGCAUGGUGGCUGGUGAGGAGGGCGUUAAUGCUUCAGCUAUAGUUUGCCUAGGCUACCCAUUAAAGGCUAUGAAUGGAGCAGUUCGAGAUGAGACAUUGCUGCAACUUUCAGCUCCGACUAUGUUUAUACAGGGUAGCAAGGAUGGGCUCUGUCCACUGGAAAAGCUAGAAGCUGUUAGGAAAAAGAUGAAAUCCGUUAAUGUGUUGCAUGUGAUUGAAGGUGGCGACCACUCUUUCAAGAUUGCGAAGAAGCAUCUACAAUCACAGGGGACUACCCAAGAAGAAGCUGAAGAUCAAGCUGUUCAGGCCAUUGCACUGUUUGUUUCCAGGUCUAUUGAAGGAAGGUGAAACCUCAUUUACUUUAAAGAUCUGAAUGUAUAUAUCUAUAUUCUGUCUUGCCUGUUCAGCUCUUUGCUAGUUGCUGUCUUUUGUAAAUCUGUAGCAUUUCUUGUAGAUUGCGCAGUUUGCAUCCUUUGUGACUGGGGUCCUAAUACUUGCUUGAAACAUGUAAAAUGAUCUAGUCUGGAUUAUUAGAUCACCUUAUUUUGUAGAUGGUUAGGCCUGAAACUAUGUGGUUCUGUUUAUGCCUACCUUGUUUUCAUCCUUUUCUAACUUCUGUGAAGUGCCAAAUUGCUCUUUACAUCGGGCUAGUUAGCCAUUAUGGCAAAUGAUGGUUUCUUUUGUUA